AUGCCCCUUCGCUCCACGUGUGGUCAUCGUUGCCAUACAUACGCCGGGGGAGGGGGGAGGGACUGCGUCUUCGUCUGCUUUUGUUCCGCAGCGCUCGGACCCGCCUGCGGAUCAACGUCCUCAAAUGACUGGCUCGUUGGUGGUGGCCUUUUACCUUUCCUUCUCUCGUUUUUUGGUAUUCCUUUCUUGCGCUUUUUUUUUUUUGGUACUUCUUUAAGUUUCUUCUUCUGGUUUUUACUCCUUCAGCCUUUCUUCUCUCCUUCCUUUGCUGGAUUCUGGCACUCACGCUCUGGUUCUCCUCAACUUCUACUCGAAAGUUGUACUUUUUUUUGA